CUUUUUCUUUUCCUUUGAUUGGUAAAAGUCAAGCUCUGGCAUUUUGCAGUGAAGAAUUUAAUUUUCAUUCGUGCCUUGGUUGUAGCCAUCAGUCAGAUAACCUCCUUCCAGUUAUUUCUACCCGCUUUGAAAAACGUUGACAAGGGAAGGCACCCAUGUUUGCUGUGGCGCAUUCUACGAAGAGCAACUGUUGAAGACCACGAUCGACCCAUCCGAAAACGACUGCCUCGAUGCGAAGCUUAUAUCGUUGAAGAGGUUGAAGAAUACUUUUCCGUGUGCUGCCGAGAUGGUUCGCUUCGGUCUGGUUGCGUGGAUUUCUGUGCUGGCUGCGAGCGGCACGUUAGUGGCGGUGUCGGCGACCUCCGAGUCGAGCGGCAACAGCAAGCGGCUACAGAUCGGCGUGAAGCGACGCGUGGAGAAGUGCGACGCCCGCUCGCGCAAGGGUGACGUCCUGCACAUGCACUACCGCGGCACGCUCGAAGACGGCACCGAGUUCGACAGCAGCUACAACCGCGGCGAGCCGCUCACCUUCACGCUCGGAUCGGGGCAGGUCAUCCGCGGAUGGGACCAGGGACUGUUGGCAAUGUGCGUGGGAGAGAAACGCAAGUUGGUGAUUCCCCCCGAUUUGGCGUACGGUUCCCGAGGUGCGCCACCAACUAUUCCAGGCGACGCGACACUAACGUUUGAGGUGGAGCUGGUCAAGAUAGACCGGAAGACGGAGCUGUGAGCAGCUCUGCAAAGAAAGCGACGUCGAACGCCACGCCAUGGCCGUCGACGGAGACCCCCCGUGUGAGAACAUUGUUUGCCGCGUACAGACUUUGCAGCAGCAGGAGCGAUCCAAUGGCCAGCAGCGCAAAUGCGGUCACGUCAUCCUGCAGCCAUUCAUCGAUGAGCAUCCAAAUACCUCGCCAGACGGAUACGCAGGCGUACGCCGCUGCUAGGUGCCACAGCUCCUCGAAGAGACGUUGGACCCAGGAUAAGCCUCUUGACGCUGAUAAAAAGCAAGCAGUGAAGAGUAAUUUUUUAUUCGGUGUAUGGCUUCUUUGAAAGGCUCAAUGACCCCGAUAUUCAAUAACCUUAUCCUCCUCCAUAUCGAAAACUUCAUGAGAUGUUGAACAAUGAAUGUUGUCAAAAGCACUGCUUCAGCAGCAAGACUUCUCGUCGGCAGAUGCUGAAACACCUGCUAGUGAUGCAUAUGAUUAUGACUGUUCUCAUACUCAAAAUUGGACUCCAGCAAAAUUCCUUGUUUGACAAUCUCUCAUCACUUUGUCUCACUACCUUCUCCUGAACUUUGAUAGUGUUUAGAUUUCAUGUGAUCCGGAGAGUUUCAUUGGAUGUGGAGGUCACAGCUCGUGUGAGUCUUAUUAACAAGCAAAAAAUUAGAAGGGCCAGCUCUCUUAACUUUGAUAGAGGUGCCUAGUUAUUGCGAGCAAGUGUUAGCUGCAAUAAUAUUCUUUAUAUGUUCGCUGCACAUUCACGAAAGCCAAUAUAUUCACUGUAUUCUUACUGAUAAGUUUAUGUUAAGUUUAAAAUCUUCAAGUCACACUUUUUUAGUGCAUUUUAGUAUGACAUCUCCAGUAUUCUGUUCGCAUGACUCCCAUUCACCUUUCGCAAAAUGUGUGAAAUUUGUGACCUUGCUGUGAUUCUGGCAAAGUUGCAUUUUUGCUGCAUGUUAGGAUUGCCACUCUUGAUGGUGACAUUUUGUUUUAGUGAGACACUUGGGAAAGGGUAUGUGGUUGUUCAACAAGGCAUGUGAAAUACGCACAUCAGCACCAAAUGUACAUUUAUUGCAGAUAUCCUUUUUAUUUGUGCCUUCUUUGGAUUACUCUUUGUUAAUGCAGGCCCAAUCUCUUGUGUGUUGUAGUUUUGUCGUUAAUAUUUACAAAACAAAAUGUUUCAGGCCAGAAUAUAUAGAACUUAUUAGGUUUACUGAUAAUUUUUUGCAUUUGCCAUGUUGAAAUAAAUCCUGCUUUAUUAUGACACUCAGACAGUUGUGGAAAGUCUUAGAUAAAAUACAGUUAUUGUUCCAUUUGCAAGAA